CCGAAAAGGCUGGGAGAAGGGGAUGACUGUGUUAUCACCAAUCUGCGUCGACCUCGUGCAAUACACACAUGCAGCCUAACUGGCCUAUAAAAGGCCGUCCGUCAAUGGGAGCACCGUCCAAACCCAGACAUUCCCCACUACACGUCAGCCGCUAGCAUCAUAUAUGUCUGCCUCUUCCGAGCCUUCCUGCGCACCGUCGCCAUUCGACCAUGCGAGGGCAGAUGUGAUUUUACGUUCAUCUGACGAUGUUGACUUUCGCGUCUUCAAGUUGUUUCUCUCUCUCGCAUCGCCGUUCUUCGAGACCCUCUUUGAUCUCCCUCAACCGUCAGAGGAGAUGACUACAGAUGUGGAGAUGAAGGACGGACUACCCGUCAUCCCUGUCUCAGAAGACAGCAAGACGCUGGAUCCGCUACUCCGCUUCUGCUAUCCCUGCACUCUGGCAGAGGAUCCUGCCCUCGAGGAUUUCAGAGACGUCAUAAACGUACUCGAGGCGGCCAAAAAGUAUUCCCUUGACGCAAUCGAGCGAACGGUAUGUAAAUCUCUGUUCAACCCGAAGAUAUUGGAGGAGAAUUCGCUGCGUUGCUUCGCUGUCGGGUGCCGCGCUCGCCUGCAGGAUGAAUCUGUACUCGCUGCCAAGUACACCCUUCGGGAACCUCUGGUUCCAGCGUGGUUCGAGGAGAUUGAAUUGAUUACUUCCACCGAACUCCUUGCGCUGUUAACAUAUCACCGCAAAUGCGCUACCGCUGUGCUGGCACUAAAGAAUGACCUCUCUUGGAUUACAGCCGAAUACCCUCAGUGGUAUGCUGUGCCAUGGAUGGUCGCCAUGAACCCCAAUGGUUACAGUUGUUGUACCCAGUCAACGUCUGGAAGGUACUCUGUCUUUCACGGAUACCAAGUUGCGCAAUGGUGGGAAACAUUCAUGGACUCCACUUUCAUGGAUAUGCGCGACAAGCCCUGCGCGGAGACUAUCCGACAAAAUGUCGACAAGGCUAUACAGACAGUUCGACAACGCAGCUGCGGUAAUUGUUCUUCCACGGCACCGGCAGGCUUGCGAGAAUUCGCAACUCUCUUUACUAACAAAGCCGAAGAGUUAAUCGCCAAGGUUGAGCUAGACCUCAAGUUUUGACGUCUGAGAUAUACUCCACCCGAUUUUGCAAAUCUGCCUGAUUAUAUAGUAAUCGGGGCACAAAGUAACUGUUUUCACCUUGUACCUUGACGUGCUUCGCGAC